AUGGCAGCUCUGUUCUACUACUGCUGCCCAUAUUUACCGUUUUUUAUCGAUCUGAUUGUACUUGUACCAUUUUGGCGUUUGGUGACCCUAGUCGACGUCAAUGACUACCUUGUCGUCUAUAUGAUCGCCGUUAACAUCCCCUAUACAAUACGUCUUGUACCCCAAUACAUCAGGAUUCUGGCACCGCCAUCAUCACCUUCACAGCUACCGACGAUGAAUGAUACAAUCGUGGAGACGGUUCCACUUGGCACGGAGCCGAUUCAGAUGUUCUUCUCGAUGAUGUCGGCUUUUAUGGUGAUCACCAUGUGCUAUGGUGCUUUCAACGUUUUUGUUUGUAUACUGCAAGAGAUUCGUCGUGGAAAAAUAACAAAAGCAAAUAUAUGGAUACCUGUCUGCGUUAUGAUGGCGAUCACACAGGGUGUACUAAUAGCGAUCUACAAGUUCCGUUACCUCUCAGAGUCAAUGAUUCUGUUCCUGAUGGUCUACUAUGUGGCAAUCUGCGGAAUCAUGGCAGUAGUGGUAGCUAUCUUCCUCCGCCGUCCACGUCCAAACGAUGCUACAUGGGAAAAACGUCGUUGUGAAAUGAAGUCCAAAUACAAUGGUUUCCUAAUCUUCGUUCUGAUUGCAGUACUUCCGUCGAUCCUCUAUACUCAUCGUUUGGCAGUUCGAUUCAUGGAUUGGUAUUUUGGUAACAUGGAAGAAGAUACGAUUGUGUAUACAUUUACUGAUUACAUGAUACAUCCAUGGGUGUUCAACUUGGCCGGAAUAAUGCUAUUGGACCCAUUCAGGAAAGUCGCCACGGGAAACAUGCGACCAUUCAGUUCGUUCUAUCGUAAAUACUGUACCUCAUCCCAAACGAUCCCAACAAUCUACAGAGUUCCACCUCCUACCUACGUUGAUGCCACAAAGAAGACGAAAAAAUCAUCAAGGCCACCACAAAUGUACUAG